UCGUACAAGAAACGAAGCCUCCGCUCUGUCUCCAUUGAUAUUUCUUCCCUCGCAUUAUCUUCAUCGCUAGAACCGCAGAUCCAGAUAAACCAGAUAAAAAAAGACGAGCCUCUUCGGCUUGGAGACUUCAAUUAUUGAGCUCACGCUCUCUCCGGUCGCCGCUGCUACCCAGCGAGAGCAGCAGGCUAGACACUCCUGUACUUGUUCCUACUUCAUCGCUUUGAGAGCUGAUCGUCCUUCGGAGGGUGAAGUUGGUGUCUUGCGCUUGAACUUUGCGUAUUGGCUUUAUUUACAAUGUGAAAUGGCCCGUAACGAAAGCGAUGAAGUACCGAUGCUGUCUGAAACGCACCAGCAAUUAUCAGAUGAUUAUAACAGUUCUCAACCUCGGUCACGUAUAUCUAGGACCCGGAGUGUGUCAAUUUCCAUCCCUACGAGCUCCAUGGAGUCAUACGAGAGUAUAACGAGUCGAGCAGGUUACACUGGACCUUUAAGGAGUGAAAGGAGGCCACCUUUCUCGCUAACGAGUGGCCCGUUACGCAAUCGCUUACCUGAAAGUACCUUCUGGCAUAACCCCGGUGCGCCUGGAAGCACGGGAGUGGAGUCGCAACAAAUGAAAGAAAAAUUCCCUUCUUUUAGCAUAAAGGAUCGUAUUGACUCCGCAGAUGACGACUAUGGUGCUAAAAAUGAGCAUUUACUGAGGUCCGGACGACUGGGGAUGUGCAAUGACCGUUACUGUACAACUUGCCCCUCACAUUGCAAUAGAAGGGCGCAACAAACAAGUUCUGAAAGUUCAAGUAUAGCUGAUACCCGGUUUCACAAAGCUCUUUAUGGGGAUGCCAAAAGUUGGGCAAGGAGGUUCUUUACUUAUGUCAGUGCCCACAUUCCUGGCGUUAUAAAUCCUCAUGCUCAAGCUGUCCAGCGGUGGAACAAAUUUUUUGUCAUUUCUUGUGUGGCGGUCCUCUUUAUAGACCCAUUGUUUUUGUUCUUGCAGUAUGUACCAAAGGACUAUGCGUGUCUAAAGUUAAACAGGCCCAUGACAAAAACACUCGUUGUUUUCAGAAGCAUGACGGACCUCAUGUACCUAUUGCACAUUCUUCUGCAGUUUAGGUUGGCUUACGUAGCUCCUGAGACCAGAGUGGCUGGUGCUGGAGAUUUAGUUGACCAUCCAAGAAUCUUUCUCCAUUAUCUGCGAGGAUAUUUCUUGUUAGAUCUUUUGGUUGCAGUUCCACUUCCACAAAUAUUGAUAUUUUCUGCAAAGAGUGCAAUGACACUUUUACGCACAGGUGUUCUUAUCCAGUACAUUCCCAGAUUAUAUCGAGUUUUGCCCUUACUUGUGGGUCAGUCUCCUACUGGCCUAACUUUUGAUUCAGCAUGGGCAAAUUUUGUCAUCAAUCUUAUCAUGUUUGUGUUGGCUGGCCAUGUCGUUGGAUCAUGCUGGUACUUUCUUGGGCUACAGAGGGUUAAUCAAUGUCUUCUGGAAGCAUGCAAACCAGCCGGCCUGUGUAGCUUUAUGGAUUGUGGAGAUGGAUCCCCAAGAUGUACUAACUGUACAACAAAUCCGAAUGCUACUCCUUGUUUUAACUCCACUGAUUUUGGCUAUGGAAUUUAUCAAAACGCUGUUAAUCUUACCAAAGAGGCAAACGUGGUCACGAGAUAUGUGUUUUCGUUGUUUUGGGGAUUCCAGCAAAUAAGUACUCUAGCUGGAAAUCAAACUCCAAGCUACUUUGUUCCAGAAGUCCUGUUUACCAUGGGCAUUAUUGGAUUGGGCCUCUUGCUGUUUGCUCUUCUCAUUGGAAAUAUGCAGAACUUCCUCCAGGCUCUGGGAAGAAGGAGGCUAGAAAUGUCAUUAAGGUGUCGGGAUGUUGAGCAAUGGAUGAGUCACAGACGCUUACCUGAACAGCUAAGAAGAAGAGUACGCGAAGCUGAGCGAUACCAUUGGGCUGCCACUAGAGGAGUCAAUGAAGAAAUGCUUCUCGAGGAUUUUCCUGAAGAUCUUCAGAGGGAUAUAAGACGCCAUCUCUUCAAAUUUGUGAAAAGAGUGAGAAUAUUUGCAGUAAUGGAGGAUCAUAUCGCAGAUGCAAUUUGCGAGAAGUUACGGCAAAAAACAUACAUCAAAGGAAGCAAGAUCCUGCAUCCUGGUGUUCUUGUUGAAAAGUUGAUUUUCAUUGUCCGCGGGAAAAUUGAGAGCAGAGGAGAAGAUGGGGUUACAAGUUUAUGUGAAGGAGAUGUAUGCGGGGAAGAGCUUCUAGCUUGGUGCCUUGAGAGUUCUUCUGUAAACAAAGAUGGACGAAAGAUAAGACCACCUGGAAACUGGUUGCUGAGUAACAGGACGGUGACAUGCGUGACAAAUGUUGAAGCCUUUGCACUACGAGCAGAAGACCUUGAAGAAGUCACCAGAAUAUUUGCAAGAUUCCUGCGCAAGCCAAGAGUUCAAGGAGCCAUAAGGUAUGUAUCACCAUACUGGAGAGGACUUGCAGCAACUCGCAUCCAAGUCGCUUGGAGAUACAAGAAGAAACGACUAAGUCGUAGCGACACUUCCCCGUCACAGCAUCCUUCACAUUAGCAAAGUAUGUUGAUGGUAUUAACUACAUUCCUCUGCUAUCUGUAUUUAUACUAGGUUCCAGUUGCAUUGUGACUGCAAACAAUGAGAGAAGACAUAUUGGAAGCGCAUGAUGAAAUAGGCAUGUAAUUUAAGUUGUGAUAUCUGAGAUGUAGAUUCUUCUACAAAAA